AUGGCGGUCAGUCACUUCCCAACCCUGGUCCAGGACUUGGUGACCUUCAAGGAUGUGGCUGUCCUCUUCACCCAGGAGGAGUGGGGUCGGCUGAGCUCUGCCCAGAGGGCCUUGUAUCAGGAUGUGAUGCUAGAGAACUACAGUAACCUGGUCUCACUGGAUCAACAGUUCCAGGAAGGUCAGGAGGUCAAGUUGCAGCAAGUGGGUCUCCCACAACAGGGCACUCUAUCCAAGCUGAGUGGGCAGAAAGCCGAGGGGUCUGACAAGGGCUGCACAGAGAGCUCAGCACCCAUUCAAAGUCAGAGAUCUCAAGCAAACAAAAGAGCUUUUGAAUGCAGCAAAUGCAGAAAAGCCUUCUCUAAGAGGUCUACCCUUAAGAAGCAUCAGAAACUUCAUACUGAAAAACUCAACCCAAUUCAGAAAACACCAACGAAAGAGAAACAGUAUGAAUGUAGAGAAUGCGGGAAAGCCUUCUACCAGAGUACACACCUCAUCCAUCACCAAAGAGUUCACACUGGCGAAAAACCAUACGAGUGCAAAGACUGUGGCAAGGGCUUCUCGGUGAGCUCUUCCCUUACAUACCACCAGAAAAUCCAUAGCGGGGAGAAGCCCUUUGAAUGUAAUGUUUGUGGAAAGGCCCUUAUCCAGAACAUACACCUUUUCCACCAUCACAGAAUGCAUACCGGAGAGAAACCUUUCCAAUGCAACAUUUGUGACAAAGCUUUUGUUUGCAGAGCACAUCUUACCAAACACCAGAACAUUCACAGUGGCAAGAAUCCCUAUAAAUGUAAUGAGUGUGGGAAAGCCUUCAAUCAGAGUACAAGUUUUCUGCAGCACCAGAGAAUCCACACUGGGGAGAAACCCUUCGAAUGCAACGAGUGUGGCAAGGCCUUCAGGGUGAGCUCGUCCUUUGCUCGACAUCGGAAAAUUCACACUGGAGAGAAACCUCACAGAUGUGGCUUGUGUGAGAAAGCUUUCAGGGACCAGUCAACCCUAACACAGCAUCAGAGAACCCACACCGGGGAAAAGCCUUACACGUGUAACAUAUGUGAGAAAGCCUUCAGUGACCAUUCAGCCCUGACCCAACAUAAGAGAAUUCACACAAGAGAAAAACUGUACAAAUGCAGAACCUAUGAGAAAGCUUUUAUCCGAAGUACACACCUCACUCAACACCAGAGGGUUCACACAGGAGAGAAACCUUACAAAUGUGACAAAUGCGGGAAAUCUUUCAAGCAGACUACACACCUCAUUCAGCAUCAGAAGCACCACCACACUGGAGAAAAGUGA